GGCAAAGCUAUGGCUGAGGAGACGGACGAGCAACAGGCGCCCCAAAGCACAUUCAGCACUUACAUGGCAGAGGGGGAGCAGCUGUAUCACAAGGCGGAGUACAAGAAGGCCUCAGACAGUUUCACUGCGGCACUUCAGCUCCAACCUGAAGAGAAGAACUGCCUCGUUGCUCGUUCCAAGUGUUUCCUAAAACUCGGGGAGCCAGAAUGUGCCCUGAAGGAUGCAGAGGCCUCUCUACAGAUCGAAAACGAUUUCUUCAAGGGUCUUUACCAGAAGGCAGAGGCGCUCUACGCCAUGGGAGACUUUGAGUUUGCCCUUGUGCAUUACCACAGAGGGUACAAGCUGCGACCAGAAUUUCAGGGAUUCCGUCUGGGGAUACAAAAGGCUCAGGAAGCAAUUGAGAACUCAGUCGGAACUCCUGCCAGUGUUAAACUCGAAAAUAAAACAGACUUACAGUUUAUAAGCCGACAAGAAGAGAGCAAGAAGGCUAAACAAAAGGCUCAGGUCAAGGUGCAGAAGAAGGAUUCAAAGCAGCAGAAGAAAGUAGAUCCUGAAAGGAGCCAGAAGACCGUGCGCCAGCUCCUCGGAGAACUGUACAGUGAUAAGGAAUAUCUGGAAUCAUUAUUAAGGGAUGAAGCUCUAGUGAAAGGCAAUACACGAGGUGGGGUCAAACUGCACGACCUGAUCAUUAAUGGAAUCCUGUACCUGGACACGCGCUCUGAGUUCUGGAGGCAGCAGAAGCCCAUCUAUGCGCGCCAGCGGGACCGCAAGAUCAUGCAGCAGAAGUGGAAGCGGGAUAAGAACAAAUCUGCUGACCCUAGCCAAUACAUUGUAAAGAGCUUGGAGGAGAUAGACCAGCUGCUCUCAAGUGGAAAAGCAGAAGAAAGUUACAAAAAGGCCCAACUUGUGCUAAAGAAAGUUGAACGAUGGACAUCGGUAGAUAUCCACAACAGGGAAGAGCUUACUGGGAGUCUCCACAGCUGCAUUGGGAAUGCUCAGAUGGACAUGGGUCAGAUAGAGGCAGCACUGCAGAGCCACAAGAAGGACUUGGCUAUAGCAGAGAAAUACAAAUUGCUGGAGGCGAAAUCCCGAGCGUUAGAUAAUAUCGGGAGAGUAUAUGCACGCAUUGGGAAAUUCAAUGAAGCCAUCAAGGUAUGGGAAGAGAAGAUCCCUCUGGCCAAUUCAAGCUUAGAAAAGACCUGGUUGUAUCAUGAGAUUGGGAGAUGUUACCUGGAGCUGGAGCAAACUGCUGAAGCUAAGGAAUAUGGGGAAAAGUCGCAGCAGGAGGCUGAUGCAGCUGAAGAUAUUGAGUGGCAGCUCAAUGCCUGUGUGUUAUUAGCUCAAGCAGAAGUGAAGCUGAAGCAUUACCAGUCUGCCAUUAGCAGUUUUGAGAAUGCGUUGGAGAGAGCACGACUGCUUCACAAUAAGGAUGCAGAGCAAGCCAUCCUCGUUGCCUUGGAGGAUGCAAAGCAGGGGAUGGAAGAGCAGCAGGAAUCAGAACAGAACAAUGAUGAAAAUGACAAUUUAAGGGCAGAUGGGAACACAGCGAGGGACGAGGAGGAGGAGGAGGAGGACGUGCAUGUACAAAGAACAGAAGAGGAUGAAGGCUGAACAGAAAUUUAUAAUUGUAAGGGAAGCAACAUUCAGACACAUGACAUUUGGGGCAUUCUGGGGAAAUAAAGUUGGGGGUUUCAGUA